AUGUUCGUGCCUUACGACGGCCAGUCCAAACGCUUUGAUGCCACUGUCGCUUUCUCCGCUCAGAGAAGGUACACUUCACAGAAGAUCCACAAGGCCAAACGCGACAGGGCUGUAAGGCAGAAGGAGCUGCUUGACAGCUUGAAUAAAGCGCCAGCUUCAUCAUCAUCAUCCGCCAGUAGCGUGCAACAUGCGCCAUCUCCUUCAGAUUCCAAUAAUUCCCGCUCACCCGACGACGACGAUGAUAAUGCCAUCACCGUCGUGACGAGCCCACGCGCUCGUUAUCUUGUCGCCGAUCGAGCCCGGCCUUCUCAUGCUCUCACACUCCGCCAAAUCCAGGCUUCCACUCCCCAGUCUGGGAGCGAAACUUUCCGACCAACCUCGGUUAAGAUACCGUUCCGCGACAUGGUCUUUGGUGGUCUACGAGUCGACCCGUUUGAAACGUAUCCUAUUCAGACGCAAAGCUACUUUCCUGCCGUGGUCGAUUUCUGCAAAGAGGUCGUGUCCCUGGGACCCGGCUAUUUCCAAUUUGUCUUUUCCAACGAAGUUCUCUUCGAGGCCGUAGUCACCUAUAUCUUGUGUGUGAUGCCACAGCAGUCACGUGAGAUCAAACUCGCCAUGAUGCAUCAUUAUGGUUCGACUUUGUCAAAGAUUAGCCAAAGUCUUUCGUCGUCUCAGGCAAGGUCAAGAGACGAUGUCAUCUUGGCCAUCUGUAACUUGGCUGUCAUUUGUGCUUAUUGCGGGGACGACAAGCGCUUCGAAACUCACUUGCGAGGUAUUCAACGGCUGGUCGAAUUGCGAGGCGGAGUUGAAGGAUUAGAGAAGCAGGAUGGAUGGGUUAAAACUGCCCUUACAGCUGUUGAGGCUUUGGCUACUGUUCAUUCAAAGAAAGCAAUCCAGGCAGCAGUGCCAUCCAGCUUGACUCCAACUCCUGCUCUCACACCUCCUGAAACCCCGAACAGUGGUUCAGUGCCGGUCUACCCAAACCAUCCAUUCCCACCUGAUAUAUGUACUGUCAUCGCAGAUAUGCCCCAAGGCUUUCGCGAGCUCGCACUUACUGGCCACCUUUCUAUCCAACUUAUGAAUCGUCUAAACAUCACGCGCAGCCAGAUUGUUCAUCUCAUGGCCACCGCCACGAACAGUGACAAGGACCAGGAAUGGCUGGAACUGAUGCGCGCUUCCAGUCCGAUUGAGCGCAUGGCAUGGCUCACAGUUCUUGUGUACCACCUGCGAAGUUCCACCUUCACCUCAAACUGCAGAGAGCUUGCCGACAUUGUGCUCGAAUGUGGGCGCAAUGGCACAAAGUCUCAAGCGGAAGCUGAGUGGCUCCUGUGGGGCGCUUGUCUCAUGGUUGCGACUCCAGAUGCUGAGAAAGAGCUAGUAAGAGAACGCGAAAAGGUCAUCAAACUCAUCCUAAGCGGUUAUCCGGACUUGAAGUUCGAGCAUAUGGACAACAUUGCGAAGAGGUUUUUGUGGAGUGAGGGGCUCAGCGCCAGUUUGCGCACGCACAUCGCACAUCGCCUCAUUUCGAAAUGA